AUAGGGGCGGGUCCAGGGCUCGCGGAGCACCUCCAACGCUCCAGUAUCCGACCUGGGCUCGAGAACGGAACUGUUUGGAUUUAACAGUCCGUGGACGGCGGGAGUCUUGAGUCCGGUGACCGGGCUGUGGUCUAGUAUAAAGGCGGGGCCCAGAAGAAGGGGCGGGGCGUGGGAGAAGGUGAGGAGGAAUGAGAUCUGGAUAUGACUGUGGGAGAAGGAAAGAAACGAGAUCCGUUGUCCUCCCGGCCCGCCCCGUCAUGUGGCACCAGCUAUUCCCGUUGCUGCUGCUCUCCUCUGCCUCGGUGCCCACCUCCACUGCAGCCCCGAUCCGCGAUGGUGACGUCCAGGAGAGCUCCUCAGGUUUUCUAGGUCUUCAGAGUCUACUUCAAGGCUUCACACGGCUUUUCCUGAAGGAUGAUCUGCUGCGGGGCAUGGACAGCUUCUUCUCUGCCCCUAUGGACUUCCGGGGCCUUCCUAGGAACUACCACCAAGAAGAGAACCAGGAGCGCAGGCUGGGAAAUAACACUCUCUCCAGCCACCUCCAGAUUGACAAGGUGACCGACAACAAGACAGGAGAGGUACUGAUCUCUGAAAAGGUGGUGGCAUCCAUUGAGCCAAGAGAGGGGAGUUUGGAGGGUGACUGGAAGGUUCCUAAGAUAGAGGAGAAAGAGGCCCUGGCGCCUGUCCUGAAGGCAGUGGACAGCUUCCACCCGGAACCCCAUCCGCGAGUGGCCUUCUGGAUCAUGAAGCUGCCACGGCGGAGGUCCCACCAGGAUACCCAGGAGGGCGGCCACUGGCUCAGUGAGAAGCGACACCGUCUACAGGCCAUCCGGGAUGGGCUCCGAGAGGGGACCCGCGAGGACGGACUCGAAGAGGGCACCCAGAGCGCCUCUUACUCCAAGCUACCCGCCCGCAAGACCCACUUCCUGUAUAUCCUCAGGCCGUCCCAGCAGUUGUAAGGGUGGGGCCCGGGGAACACCCGCAUGUAUCCUCCACCAGACCCCAAGCACCAUAUGGAAAUUAAACCUUUUUUCCAGCA